GCGUACACCAGUAGAGCCUUUUGCCUGGAUCGGUAGAGACACCGCCGACACAACGCUGCUACUUGCACCAUCCUCAACAUCAUGUAUGCGUGUACAACGUCAUCAUAUACCGAGCACUGCGCUUAAGUGACCACCAUGAUCAGGAGGAAGCUGUAUGCCCUGUUUGCCCUGCUGAUUCUGUGUUUCUCCUACAAGCUGUAUGUAGAACUUACCAUCCUCCUGGUACACGAGGACACACCCCCAGGGAGUAGAAGACACGUGGCUGAUGACGUCAGACAACCUAAACAACACCCUUGCUUCUCCGACAUCCGUGGCAAGAAGAAGUUCCAGUGUCAAGAACUAGUCCGCGGCAGGGGAUUCCACGCGUUCGCCAACCAGAGCCUCUCCAACAAACGACUCCACCAAGAGCAAGACUGUGAUUUCCUAGUAGCUUUACAAGACUGUGAGUCACUAAGAGAACAACACGGUUACCUGGAUAAACCGGUGGCGCUGAAGGAGAAGCACUUCGCCAUUGCAUACACUAUAAAGGUGCAUAAAUCCCCGCGCCAGGUUGAACAACUACUGCGGAACAUCUAUCGACCACACAACGUCUACUGUGUUCACGUCGACGGGUCGUCGCGGCGGAUGUUUCAAGUCAUGAAACAGCUGUCGGAAUGUUUUCAUAACGUAAUCGUUAUUCAAAAGAUAAAUGUGGUGUAUUUUUCCAUAGGCCUGUUACAGACGGACCUUGUGUGUAUGGAGGAACUGCUCAAGUCCAACAUACGGUGGAAGUAUUAUAUCAAUUUGGCAGGGCAGGAAUUCCCUCUGAAAACAAAUUUGGAAAUAGUAGAAAUUUUACAAGCCUUGAAUGGAACUAACGAUAUUGAGGCGUAUCCCUUUCCCGACUUCAUCAAGUCUCGGUACUUGACCCAUAAGUACAUAGAAAAUGGCGUCUUGAAAAGGUCCCACAUUCCUAAAGAGCCGUUUAAGCACAACAUAACAUUUUACAAAGGAAGCAUGUACGGUAUGUUUUCUAGAAAGUUUGUUGAGUUUGUGAUGACAGGUGAGAUCGCAAGGGACUUUGUUCUCUGGCUCAACGACACCUUCGCCCCGGAGGAGAUGAUGUGGGGCACGCUGAACGCUCUGCCCGACGCCCCAGGGGGGUACAGCGUGGUGGUGGACCACAAGAAAGGGGGGUUCCUGUCGAGGGCGAUGGUGUGGAAGGAUGACGACGACGUCUGUGAGGGCGAGUACGUCCACGGUGUGUGUGUGUUCAGCUUCAGGGACCUGCCCUGGUUGAGUCGCAGACCGGAAGUGGUGGCUAACAAGGUGGACGUUCAGAAGGACCAGGUUGUCAUCGACUGUCUGGAGGAGGCGCUGCAGGCCAGGGCGUACACGGGGAACACCUCCACCCUCGACUGGACGUUCUAUAACGCAGCUCCACAUAUGCACAUACACAGAAACUAGGCAGGUGUUUUCAUUACUUAUUUAUGAGUCCUUAGUAAAACUUUCAAGAGCAGACGUGAGGAGGACGUCUUCAAAUUUGACGCAUCACUGACAAAAAUAAUGCAAUUCUCAUUUGUUACAAGAGCACAAUUAACACUUGCCUUUGCAUGUGUUUGUGACGGAGGCCACUGUUGAGUCCGGGUCCGCUUACCUUUUCGUGAACAUCUGAUAUCCUGAUAUCGUUACUAUUUGAUAGUGAUUUAUUUUAUUUUAUUGUUAAAUUAUUGUUUAACGCCGCACUCAGCAAUAUUCCAGCUAUAU